GACUUCUUUACAGAGUUGAUGUGUGCAUUUUGUGUCCCUCUGCCACAGAUGUUGCCAGCAGCUGGAGCUGAAGAUGAAGGACAGGCUGGAGGAAUUGAGGAUCCGAGUUAAUGAAGAUGAGGACUCUUUGGAUACUGAUGAUACUCUCUCAUUUGAUAACCCGGUUUUCAAGGAGGAUGAGACCAAUCCCAUAAACAAGAUAUUCCAGGAAGUGUCGGAUCUCUCACUGGGCCUGAGUAAACUGGAGGAGUUAUCGGAGAGCAUCCACAAGAAGCAGCAGCAGGUGCUGUGCUGCACCACCGAGGAGAGCGUUUAUGAAGAAAAGAAAGAGCUAAGUAACAUUAAAGCCUCCUUCACUAGUCAGGCUAAAGUCAUCCAGCCUCAGCUCUAUGGGAUUCAAGACACACUGGCCCGAGACAGCAAACAGUGGCUGGCAGGAUACCGCAUCCACCAGAGCCAGCUCUCUGUCCUAAUCAGCCGGUACCGAGACAUCAUCACUCACCAUUAUGCCAAGGAGAUGGAGUACGUGGAGAAGCUGAAGGAGCAGAUCAUGAGGCAAACCGAGCUGGCGGGCUUGAGCCUAUGUGAAGAGGACAUUAAUCACCUAGUGGAAAGCCCUGUUGCUCCUCAGAUUGUGGGCCAGGACCUGGAAGUGCUCAAGGCCAAGCAGCACUUGGCCAUGGCCCAAGUACGCCACCGACAACUGUUGGAUCUAGAGGUCCAGAUCAGUGAGCUGCACUCGCUUUUCCUGCACUUGGAGGUGCUGGUUUCGGAGCAGCACGAGGUCAUCAACAACAUUGAGUACAACGUCCUGCAUACGCUUGAUUACGUGUCCCAGUCCAACGAGGAGGUGAAGAAAGCCCUGAAGUACGAGCGCCAGUCGCGGAUCUCGGCAGCACUGUCAGCGGUGCUGGGCCUCUGUGCCUGUUGCACGUGCUUAUCAUGCGUAGCCAGCACAGUGUAGUGAGACGGACAUGGACUCUGCAAGGGAAGGGGAUGGCUACUUACAUGCAGCUUGGCAGCAGCACGGCUCUUUGAGGGCAGUAAGUGUGGAUUAACCCCACAGACUCAUUGGAAGGGAGUCUCCCAUGAUUUGGAUGGAUUUGAAGGCAGGUUUUAUUGUGUCUUUCAUAUGAGGAAGGAUUUUACUGAGUGUUUUGUUAGGACACUGGCAAUCAAGCUCAUGUUUCCACUGUUCUUUGCUGAUGGCAUGUUCUAUCUUCAACAGUGUCCUUAAAACAUUUAAUAUAUGUUAAUAAGAAAGGCAUAUUUGAGUUUCUGAUCAAAUAUAACUUUUUUUUUAAAUACAACUUUGCAUAAAAAAGCCCCUGCUAAAACUUGCAUUGUAUCAUCGGUCAUUAUAAAGCACACAAAGAAACACAACAGCUGUUUCCCAGGUUGAUUAUAAUGCUCCUCCACCCAGGUUUAAAACCUUAAUCUCUGCACUUUGUCAAGUUUUUAUUACUUGGAUUUUAAUAUGGGAUUGACUCAGUGUUUGUCGUGUUUUGUUGUAAAACAAACAAGUGUUUAGAAUUGCAAAAUGCUUCCAGUCCUGGUGCCAUCGCUCUCCCAGUGGCUGCAAAUACCUACAGUAUGAAUGAAGUGUGUUGAUGUUUACGUAAGUAGUUUUUCUUUCAAACUCCUGUUAUAGGGCUGUGCUUUCCUUCACAUGUAUGUGUGUGGGUUUUUAAUCCUUUGCAAUUCCGUUUUUGUAGUUUUCUGGUGGAGCUGCCAUCAGGCACAAUUUCAGAUUUGGUUCUUUCAUUUGAUUCACUUUCUGUUUCCAUGAAACUUUCAAGAUUAAAAGAACCAAAACCAGCUGUUAUUAUGUUACCAGUAAUUUUGCAAUUGUCCAUUUAGUGCUCACUGACCAUUCAGGCUACCAAUAUUACAGCUCAAAAUUCAAGUUUUAUGUACCUAUUGAUUCAGUGUAGUGCAAAAGUAAUGCAUGUGAGCGCGUUGGCAAAAACUCUCAAGGCUAUUUUCCUAAGGAUCUGAUCUAAUCUAAUCUAGUCAUCUUCAUAAGAAUGCAGUCUAAUGUUAUUAGAGAGAGACAAGAGGUAUGUCUUCACUACCAACGUUAAAGCGCUGAUGCGGGUGUAGUCACUGCACCAGCGGUGGGAGAGAGCUCUCUCAGUGCUGUAAACCCGCCCCCGAGGGGAGUAGCUACCAGUGCUGGGAAUGUGGCACCCAGCGCUGGUGCACUAUCUACAUUGCCAUUUUAGAGUGCUGAAAUUUGCAUCGCUCAGGGGGGUGUUUUUUCACACCCCUAAGUGAGAAAGUUUCAGCGCUGUAAAGUGGUAGUGUAGACAAGGCCAAGGUGGGUGAGGUAAUAUCUUUUAUUGGACCAACUUCUGUGGGUGAGAGAGACCAGCUUUUGAGCUUACACAGAGCUCUUUUUCAACUCUGGGAAAGGUACUCAGAGUAUCACAGCUAAAGAGACGGCGGAACAGAUUGUUUAGUAUAAGUAGUUGUUUUUUUCUGCCCUUCUCCCCCCAUGACUGGAGGGGUAUUAAUGGGCCAUUUCACCUUGAAUGGUCCCUUGAAAUAUGUGUUAACUACUUAUGCUAAACAAGCUGUUCCACUUUCUAUGUAGCUGUUUUCCACUGAAUGCAUCCGAUGAAGUGAGCUGUAGCUCACGAAAACUUAUGCUCAAAUAAAUUGGUUAGUCUCUAAGGUGCCACAAGGACUCCUGUUCUUUUUGCGGAUACAGACUAACACGGCUGCUACUCUGAAACCUAUGUAGCUGUGACACUCUUUCCCAGACCUGCAGGAGAGCUCUUUGUGAGCUCAAAAACUUCUCUCCUACCAACAGAAGGAGAGAUAGAUAGAUAUUACCUCACCUACCAUGCCUUUCUCAUAUCCUGGGACCAACAUGGCCACAACAACACUGCUUACAGUCUGUUAUAACAUUCUAAGGGGAGUUUAUAUGCAAUAAAUCAGUUUUCAAAGGAAUAACUGAAUUAUGUGGUGAUGUCUUAAUUGAAAAUAUAUGUUGUCAGAAGCCACAUAGGCAAAGUUGAUGUGAACAGCAUAUGUAUCUGAAACUCUAACGAUAGUUUUCCAUAAACACUGCACAUGUAAAUAAUAUAAUGGGGAUUUUUGAUGGACUGUCUAAAUAGUGACAUUUCAGUAAAAUAGGGGCCACUUAAAGAUUCUCAGGAAUUUUUGGAGGAACAUCCAUUUAUGUAUUGGGCAUUUUCUUGUGUUGUAUCUAGACUAACUCUCCCAUCUUUGAGAUGAUAUUCUCUUGUAUUAGCCCUAAUAAAAACAUUGCUGUGA